UGAGGAUGAGGAGGAGGAGAAACCACUGGCUGUGACAGUGACAGUUGCUUCUCCCCCCAGUGUCAUCUUCAUCAUCUUCAUCAUCAUCAUCAUCACCACCAUCAUCCUCCUCAUCAUCAUCGCCCUCAGCAACAGCAGCAGCUCCAGCAGAAGCAGCGUCCAUCGGCAGCGUGGAAGCAGCACGCAUCUCCAAGAGGAAGAUGGGGAAAUGGCAGUUGACCAAAUGUAAGGAUCAAGAAAUCAAACGAGGUCUUCAUUUAUGAUACGAACCCGGGUUUAUGCAUCAAUAGGAACUAUUCAAAGAACAAAAGAUUACCCCCUCUGACGCACAAGGAAACAUGGAUGAAUCUUCAUCCUCGCUGCAGUAUGGAACAAAAAAACGGGUUAAGAUUCACCCGAACACAGUGACGGUGAAAUAUGCCACUCACUUCCCCCAGCCUGGCGAUGAAGGCUACGAUGACGCGCCCUCCUUUGAGGAGUUUGGCGCCUUCGCGGAAGCUAAUGUGGCAAAGAGACUGGUGUCAGACAGCAAAGGUAGCAGGACUUUGUUUGGGACCAUGGAGACCCAGCCGAAGCCGCCACCUGUGCAAAGAGACAAGGGGGUCGGGGGUCAGCUGGCUAGCUUCGGAGAGGCGAAUGUCUUGGCCUCCCGGGUGACCUGGAUGGCCUUGUUUGGGGCGGCGGUGGCUCAUGGCUGCGUGGCGCUGAUUACUCGUUUAGCGGCCGACCGCUCUAAAGUGCCCUCCCUCGAGCUGCUCUUCAUCCGCUCCGUGAUCCAGGUGCUGUCCAUUCUGGUGGUCUUCUACUACCAAGAGGCCCCCUUUGGCCCUAAGGGCUACCGGCUGCGUCUCUUCUUCUACGGUGUGUGCAAUGUAAUCUCAAUCACCUGCGCCUACACCUCUUUUGCUAUAGUACCACCCAGUAACGGCACCAUCAUGUGGCGUGCAUCCACCACAGUCUUCAGUGCCAUACUGGCCUUCCUGUUGCUGGAUGAGAGGCUGGGCUACACAGAUGUGGUCACGGUCGUGGGAAGCGUGUUCGGCCUGUGUCUUGUCAUGGUGCCAAACGUGGCGGGCGAGGAGAAGUCCAGGCUCGGGUUCUGGAAGGAGGCCUUUGGCUACACAAUGACAGUGACGGCCGGCUUGACCGCCGCCCUCUCCAUGAUCGUCUACAGAGCCAUUAAGGAGCGCGUCAGCAUGUGGACGGCACUCUUUACCUUCGGCUGGACGGGCACGGUGUGGGGUGCCUCCACCAUGUUUAUCAUGCAGGAGCCCAUCAUUCCCCUGGAUGGGGAGACCUGGGGCUAUUUAAUUGGGAUCUGUAUCUGCUCCACCGUGGCGUUCCUCGGAGUCUACUAUGCUCUAAACAAGUUUCAUCCAGCCUUAGUUAGCACAGUGCAGCACCUAGAGUUCGUGGUCGCCAUGUUGCUCCAGCUCAUUGUCCUGAGGAUGAUCCCAUCUGUCUACGAUGUCCUUGGAGGCCUAGUCAUCAUGAUCAGCGUGUUCACCCUGACAGGGCUCAAGCUGUACCGGGUGAGCAGGGCCAUUCGGCAGGAUUACCAAGAGAUCCUGGACUCGCCCAUCAAAUGAGUUUUGAUAUGUCGGUCUAUUUGUUUACAAUGUUGCUUGGUUGUGCAAUUUAAAGAAUGUCUGAAUCUUCAUCUGAUGAUUUUUGUAUCGUUGUGUUGUUGGAAGGGUGCCAGUUGUGUAACUAAUGUCUUAAUAUUUGUGUGUGAAAUAAAAGACAAAUGUAAUACGGUGA